GCGACUGACGGAGGUGACUGCGGACGAAUCGGCGUCGGCGGAGCCUGGAGAGUUUCGGGUGUCUGUGCUAGUCGCUGCUUUUGGCGCGAAAGAUGCCGGGUCUGACCGCCCAAGGCCCUGCCCCGUCUGACUCGCAGGAGAAGAAGCCGCUGAAGCCCUGCUGCGCCUGCCCUGAGACGAAGAAGGCGCGCGAUGCGUGCAUCAUGGAGAAAGGAGAAGAGCACUGUGGACACCUAAUUGAGGCCCACAAGGAGUGCAUGAGAGCCCUGGGAUUUAAGAUAUGAAACGGUGAUCUGCUCUGUGAAUGAAUAAUUCCUGAAGAAUGAAGAAGAUUCAAUAAUGUUGGGAGUUCUUUGGUGAACUUUGAUAAAUGGAAAAAGUAUAAUUUUUAAAAA